AUUUUUUUCAACCAUGUGCUUGUUGCGAACUAGGCAUUCAUGUUUCAAAUUUGUUUAGAGGAAGAGUGGUAAGAUGUCUCAACCCUCGUGGCCUGAGUUGAAACACAUUGAAGAAGAGAACAGACAUGAAUUAGUGAUUGGAUCGAUGUAUUCAAAAACUAUUGAAGAGUCGGGUAUAGAUCCGUUCCUAUUCUCGUUGGUGAAUUUAAAUUAUUUGAAUAUAAAUGAAACGUGCUUGACGAGUGUUCCUGAUGACAUCGGCAGAUUAAUCAAUUUGACAAGUCUGAUUCUCUACUCCAACAAAAUAAGCAGUUUGCCGCAGACAAUCGGGAAGUUGAGCAAACUCAAAAUUCUUGAUCUGUCUAGGAAUAAGUUAGAAUCAAUCCCAGAUGAGAUCAGCGCUUUGGGACAGUUGUCGACUUUAAACUUAGGCACAAAUAUGCUGACAAAGAUCCCAAGUUUGGUUAAAAACACGAAACUUAGUAUUCUCGAUCUGUCUCACAAUCAGUUUGAAGAAUUCCCUGACGUUUGCCAUUCGGAGCUUAUCCAUUUGUGUGAAAUGAAACUCAACGGAAACAACAUUAAAGAAGUACCGCCGACCAUUGGUCAGUUGCCUGCCUUGAAGAUGCUCGAUCUGAGUGAUAAUUCCAUUGCAACAGUUCCAGGAGAAUUGUCGGACAUACCAAAACUAAAAGAAGUAAAUUUGAAGGGCAAUAAAUUAAGUGACAGGCGAUUGUUGAAGCUAGUUGAUCAAUGCCAUGCGAAGCAAGUGUUGGAUUAUAUCAGACAAAGUUGCCCCCGAGUGACUGGUGUAGCCGAAUCUGGUCAUGGUGGCAAAGGCAAAAAAGGAAAGAAAGGGAAAAAAGCUGAACAUAGUGAAUCGACUAACCACACUUCAGAAACGAUUGAACAACUAUGUCACAAGAUGGAAGUCAUUCACGUAUCUGAUUCAACACCAUCAGUGAAGAUAAUUGAUGGAGUGAAAUCUGUUAGACCUUUUAUUGUUUGCUGCAUUGUUAGAAAUUUGAACUUCACACCAGAUUCAUUUAAGAAGUUCAUUCAGAUGCAGACGAAACUUCAUGAUACUGUCUGUGAGCAUCGCAAUUCAGCUACCAUUGCUACUCAUGAUUUGGAUCUGUUGCCACCUGGAGAUCUUGUUUAUACUGCGAUGCCUCCAAAUGUGCUGAAGAUUCGUCCUCUUUCACGAACACGGGAAUAUACUGGUUUGGAAUUGUUCCUACAGUUACAGAAAGAGGCUGAUGAACUCAGAAAGGAGAAGAAACGCAAUAUUUACUCAGGAAUACACAAGUAUUUAUAUCUUGUGGAAGGAAAGUCACUUUUUCCAUGUCUGCUGGAUAGUACUGAAAGAGUGAUAUCAUUUCCACCAAUAACAAAUAGUGAUAUUUCAAAGAUGUCAGCAAGCACCAAAUCAAUGCUAGUGGAAGUAACUAGCACAAUCAACCAGUCAACAUGUCGCUCUGUAGCGGACGCUCUCCUAAGAGAAACACUACAAUUGGGUGUCAGUUGUACUGCUGAUCAGGCAACUGAUCCUGAGAAAGUAAAUGGGAGGAUGUACCAAUCACUCACAGUUGAACAGGUGAAGAUUGUUGAUAUUGAAGGCAGUCUGAAGUCAGUUUACCCAGCCCGCAAUGACCUGAUGUUUGAGGGAUCACAACAAAUUGUAGUUGUGAGGAAGUAAUUUAUUUUGUCUUACGAAUGCCAUGUGAAGCAAACCAAUUCAAUAACAUUUCAUCAUUACUCCUUUAAAAUAAUGUCACACAUCUGUGCAGGUAAUUUUUGUAAGCUCUUUGCAUCAUCUUAUACAUUUGAUAGAAGAAAGGAGGAAUAACUGACAUGUCUCCAGGGACUGGGUAACACAGGGGUGUUUCAGAAUAUAGUCCACUAAAAGAAUUAUCCCACAUCAGUGCAUAAUUUACUGGCAAUUUACCGAUGUACUAUCAGGUACCUGCUGCCAGUAGGACAGCAGAACUGUAAAAAUUUGUUCUAUGGGAUAGCUCCAUACUUGCCAUAGUUACUAUGUCCUUAAAGACAUACUACUAUAUGUUGAAAAAAGAAUGUAAAGUAAUUUCUCCAUGUUGUUUGUAUUCUAAAAAAAUUAACCUACAUGAUAUUGUAUUCUUCCUCACCACUUGCACAUCUACUGGAUGUGUGAUGCCUAGUAACUGUCGGCAAGAUUGUAAAACUUUUCUGAUGUUUCAACCACAGGAAUUAAUAUGGGGCUGUAACCUGUUGCUUUUUGUUCCUCAUUUGCUCUGAAUACUUGACAUCGAAGUGAUUGUGAUUUGCUGUAUUGGGAGUAAACUAUUUUUUAAAAAAAAUUUUAUGCGGCACGGGUGAAUCAGUUUCACGACAGAGGUUUCCCACGAUUUGCUUCCAUGGUUGUAAUAAGUAUUAUGUGGCUGUGACGUACAAAUGGUAUUGAAAAUUGCCAAAAACCUGAAAGUUGUUUUUCUUGGAAGAAGAGGCAGAAUCAAUGUGGAUUUUAAGUAUUCAUUUGGAGCACAGCACAAAUAAAAUACAAUGUGUGCAGGAGCACUGUAAAUACAAAAUACUAGUGUUGUAUACUGUGUAUUUUUAUUAUGAAUUGUAUGUUAAAAGUGUAGCCAUUUGCUCAUUAAUUCAUGUAAUGACAUUGGUUCCACAUUUCAGACUGAUUUGUUUUUUAAAGUAAAUUAUAUUUCAAAUA